GCGAUUGUCAAUGAUCACGCUUUUGUAAACAUUUGCCUGUCGGAUAUAGCAAGUAGUUUCAGUUAACAUCGGUGGAUUUUCAAGCAGCAGUUUAAACGAUGGAUUCGAUAAACGAUACCACAGAAAAUUUGGAACGAUCGAUUCAAAUGCAUAAUCAAGAAAAUGCUCAACGAAAGUCAUUUUUGAGGUUAAGUGGAAAGAGCGCGACACCCAAGAGGAUAUCGUUACAGAGUAAUCAUGUACGAAAAGAUUCGGAUGAUUCCUGCUCGUUGAACGAUACCAAUAGCCCGAAAAUGUUGAGCAGAUCGUAUUUUAGUUCGAGAUUAAUGAAGGGUCACGAUGUUCUGGAUAUGGAUGAUUCGAUAACGAUCGCUCCGCACGAAUUGCGCGAUAUUGUGGUCGGUAUGGAUAAGAACGAGCUUACAUUGAGGGAAAUGAUGGAAGAUAGCGCCGCGACUGGUAUAAUUUUGAAAGCGAAAGAACCGUGGCGCGAUGUCAUGUCUAAAUUGUACUACGACUUCUUGCAUAGUAUACAAAUGAACUUCUCCGAAGCGCAAGUAUUCGACACGAUUGCAGAUUUCAUUCAGAACUGCUCGGAUACGUUAGAUAUAAUGAGAGGUAUGCAGUCGAAAGUAGAAACUACAGAAGUGUCGGAAGAAGAAGUUUCGUUAGAGAAUGAAAGGAACACAUGGAGGCUGAUUUAUUGUCUAUACCAAAACAGAAUAAACAGUCUUAAUUUUCCAACUCCGAUGGAGGAGGACUCGGACGAAAAUGUUACUUACGUAUCCGAAAAACUGAUAAUAGAUAACUUAUUCAAAACAGAGAGAUACAUCAGAGAAUAUCAGUUGAUAAUAGACUGGUUGGAAAAGAAUGCGUUGGAUCAGGCGGAUAAAUAUCCAUCCACCGAACAUUUCACGGAAAAGACGCUCGCAUGGGAGAAUACGGUGAGACAGCUAGCGGUUAAAGACAGAGAUCAAAUUCCUUUCGGGUUGUCCCGACCGCUGGUGUCGUCUCUUGAUCCAGAUGCGACGAUAAGGGAAGGUAAACCUCUACACGAUCUGGACAGGGAAGAUAACGCAAGACUCGAGAAAAGAAUGUUUAUAGAGGUACGUUGCGGUCGUCUUCAAAAGGCGCAAGCAUUGGCUGAGAACUGUGGGCAGCCUUGGAGAGCUGCUUGUUUAUUAGGAUGGAUACCUUAUCACGAUCCUAAUUAUAGAAAUCCAUUGUCCGAUAUUAAAUUACCUAUAGAGGGGAAUCCUACCAGGAGUCUUUGGAAACUUUGCGCGUGGGAACUUUCUCAAGAUAAACGCGUAGGUCAAUUCUAUCGGUCUAUUUAUGCUAGUCUUUGCGGAAACGUGCAACAAAUGCUGCAAGUAGCGUCCUCGUGGCAAGAUGCGCUAUGGGCUUACAUGAAAACGCUGUUGGACAUAAAGGUCGAAAGAGUGGUGAGGGAUUUGGCGAUAAAAAAUUUCACGAACAUGGUGGACGAUUAUUGGAAGAACGAGGGCUCGUUGGAGGACGUUUUCAAAGAGCUACACGCGUCGAAAAAUCCGAUUAUUCGCGCGCAGUCGAACGAGCCCGAUCACCUUAUUCAGAAAUACUUAAUUUUGGACCACAUACCGAAGCUGAUGGAAGAGGUGGAGAGCAUGAUAGAUAGAAAAGUUUGCGACCCUCACUUUUUACGAUUCCUGGCCCACCUGGUGUUCUUCUUUCGACAAAUAGGGAAAAAUACGAAUGAUAAAAUUGGUGAUAAAGUUCUAUCCGCGUACGUUCACGUUUUGAUCGAGAUGGACGACCCGAUUUUGAUCGCGUUUUAUACGGCCAUGUUGCCCCAGGAGGCUCAAGUGAAGAGUUACGCGAGUUAUUUGGAGACGAUAAAGGAUUACGAGCAAAGGAAGAAGUGCCUGACCGCGGCAGAGGACGCGAAUCUGAACGUGGAUGCGAUCACCACAUUGGUGGUAGAGAGUAUACGUUUGAAAGACGUGGAUGUCGAUCCCACGGAUCUGAAGGGCAGUAUAACCGAUGCGGACAUGGAAAAAAUCAACGCGUUGGACUGGUUGAUAUUCUAUCAAAGUCAACGGGAGGAGGUGUUGUGGCAAACCAACGCUCUCAUAAGAUACUUCUUAACCAAUGACAAAAUAGACGCAGCGCGGAAGGCAUUCAACAAGAUUCCAGCGGAUUCCAUCGAGUCCGUUAUGGCUGAAUACCCAACGAUGGAGGGCACCUUAACGAAUCUUACAAUAACGAACAAUUUAUCGAAAAGAGCGUCAUCGUCGAUUCGGGAAUACCUUUGCUACAAAACCUAUCUCGAUGCUCAAGAGGGUUUCGCAGAAUGGUUCUCUCACUACCAUCAUGGAAAACCCACAGCGUUGGAGGAGCUACCACAGUAUGCUACUUUCACGGAGAAGGUUGCGUACGAGCACAAAAAAACACAGUACAAUGUAGAAAUGGAGAGGUGGAAAUGUACGAUGCAACAUCACACGAAGGCUGUCAAGCAACUACUGUUCAAUGUACUAUUGUUUCCCGAUGGUGGUUGGCUGGUCGAUUCGAAUAAUAACAACGACGAGCCGCGAACGUUGGACGAGGAAUCGCGUGAACGUCAAAUGGAGAAGCUACGGGAGCUCUGUAUCCCAAAGAUUACGCUUCUUUUGCAUUCCGUGAUGUCUGAAAUGAACGAGCACGCUGGCUGCAUUCAAUUGGCGGACAUCCUUGCUUCCGAGCAAUAUCAACUGUAUAAAGUGUUCCAGAAAGAUAGGUUGUACGAGGUGUUUAAGAAGAUCUGCGAGUCUUCUAUCAUUUUAAUGGACGAGAAGAAAGAUCCCUGGGGCUAUCCAAAGUGAACCAUGUAGGAAAUUUAGACGAUAAUGUAAUUCAGGAUAAUGUAAUU